AUGUUCAGAAGGGGCCUCUCUCUCUCUCUCUCUCUGCUCUUUCUCUCCGGUGAAGCAGACCCCCCCCAGACCCCAGCCUUCCUCCUCCAUCCUCCUCCUCCAUCCUCUUCCUCCUCUUUGCAAAAGGCAAGCAGCCAAGGAGCCCAAGGGAAGGAAGGCCAGGAGGAAGAGGAGGAGGAGGAAGAAGAAGAUGGAGGCCAAGCCCUGAAAGCAUCCCCCCGCCACCCCCAAAAGGCUCUCCAAGAAGGGCCUCCGCGGUCCGAUCGCGCUGCAGCCUCAGCUGAGCCAUGGCCGCGGAGCUGGAGGCGGUGCAGCUGGAGGCCCAGGAGGAGGAAGACGAAGAGGAGGAGGAGGAGGACGAGGAGCAGUGGCUCUACGGAGAUGACGACGGUAAGCCAGAAGACGGACCAAUUUCCGGACACACUUUGCAAGACCUUCCCAAGGAGACCAGGAUGAUCCACUGCGAGGAUCGAGAGCUGCUGCAGCAA